ACGCUGUGCGCGCAUGCACAUAUAUACACAAACCGGCGAGUCUCGUUGCCGGUCUCGAUUUUCCUCUUUAAUUUUUUUCGUCGUCCCCCGCAACGAAGCUACAACCAGAAGAGACUUCGACCAGUGCAGUGUGCAAAGUGUUUGUUUACUUCUUUUACUUCUCGUGUUCGCUUGAUUGGGCAACUCUUCUCUCUUGUGUAGAGAUAACAGACGCCGAGAAAACAUCGCGGAGUGAAGUGCGCUUCGUCAGCGUUUUAAGAUAUAAUAAAGUGAAGACAGUGAAGUUUGCGCUGUAGCGAUACAGUGCAUCAUCGGUGUAGCUCGAGUGUCGUUGGGAGCCCUCGUUGCAGGCUUGCUCAAAGGGAAUUUCUUCGUCAGUUUGGCGAAGCUUCAGGACUACCGGCGACGUUCGAUGGAGGAGGGCCUUUGAGAGAGGAACGACACCCAAGAGAUUCGCCGAGCCGAGCCAAGAGAGAGAGAGAGAGAGAGAGAGACAAGAGUAUGAAUUCGACCGUUGGAGUAUAGCUGCGGAGACAAUAGCUUCUGGGAUACCAGUCGCUUGAUGGGAGCGCAUCUGUUGGACAUGAAAAUUCGCGGCUCCUAGAAGCGCGAGCAUUCCGAGUGUGUUCGACUUUGAAGGAGGAAGCGAUAAAUCAGAGGAGCCUCGGCGUCGGUAGCGCAACCAACCAACCCUCUCUCACUCCCCGCGAGUCAACAAAGUCCAUAAAUUAUAUGAAGCGCAGUACCAAGCCCGUCGUCAGGUUCAAAAUCUACCCGAAGACCCACUACAUAGGCGGCCAACAGCAGCAGCAACAACAACAACCUGCGCCCGUCAUCGCCACUGCCAGCAGCCGAUCCCAGCCUCAGCGCGAUAAUACUCAGCAGUUCAAACACGCGUCCGACUCGCGUUACGGACGUCGGGGCGAGAAGUCCAGCAGCGGCGUCGAGAGCGAGAGCAGCGAGGAGACUUACGAGAGCAGCUCGAGAUGCGCCGACUCCGACGACGACGAGGAAAACGACGACGACAACGAUGAGGACAGCUACUCCAGCGACGAGGAGGAGGACGAGGAGGAGGACGAGGACUCGAUGCACGAGUUGGCCGUGGCCAAAGCCCUCGCGGCCUUCCGCAAGUGCGACGAGUUCCUGCAGCGACACCGGAUCAGACCCGAGUUCUUCUGCCGCUACCGCGAGAGGCUGGCCCUUCAAGCUUGGCUGCUCCAGCGAGCCACCGCCAAGGCUUCCCGAAAUUUUUCCGAUGCGUCGUCGUCGAACGAGGCAGUGCACCUGCAGCAGCGGCUGCGCAGCCUGAGCACCGAGCUGGUGACCCUGAGGAACCGUCUGCACGUCGGACAGCCGGCUGGUGCCGCUGGCGGUGCUGGCUCCAACAACAACAGCAGCAGCAGUGGCAAGCCGGACAAGAGUCCGAGCUCCGGAGCCCCAGCGGUACCGCCCCGCACCAGCCUGGCCCACACUGCUGGGAGCUCGGGUCAUACGCUCACCGCUUCGGCACUCGUCCAUCAGCAGCAGCACGGACACGGCACCGCAGGCCCCGGUCUCAACGGCACUGCGCUCAAUGGCUCGAGUAAUCAUCGUAUGGCUGAUCUCGAGCCGGCAAAACGUCACUGCAGUCUACCCGACGACGGGAUGGUCUCGUGCGUCACGGCCUUAACAACGCGUACAACUUCCUCGGCCGUCAUCUCCGACGCCAAGAGCAGCUCGAAGCAGCAGCAGCAGCAACAGGGAAAAACUGGCAGCAACGGCCAACAACAGCAGCAGAUCGUCGGGCCGGUAAACAGCGCGGCCUUGGAUGACCUCAUUCACCUGCCGGGACCACUCACCGAGGACGCCGUGCUCAAGUGUCUGCAGGCGCGCUUCUGCGCCAAGCACUAUCACACGAACGUCGGGCCGAUCCUGGUCUGCCUGAACCCGUACACGAACGUGGGAAAUCCGCUGACCUUGACGAGCACCAGGGCCGUACCGUUGACUCCGCACCUGAACAGGGUCGUGCAGGAGGCCGUGCGACAGCAGUCCGAAACCGGCUAUCCCCAGGCCAUCAUCCUGUCCGGCACAAGUGGCUCCGGAAAGACGUACGCGUCGAUGCUGCUGCUGCGGCAGUUGUUCGACGUAGCCGGCGGUGGCCCUGAGACCGACGCGUUCAAACAUCUCGCAGCCGCUUUCACGGUUCUCCGCUCUCUCGGUUCCGCGAAAACCGCCACCAACUCCGAGAGCUCCAGAAUAGGUCACUUCAUCGAGGUACAGGUGACGGACGGCGCGCUGUACAGAACGAAGAUCCACUGCUACUUCCUGGACCAGACGCGCGUCAUUCGGCCGCUUCCCGACGAGAAGAAUUACCAUAUAUUCUACCAGAUGCUUGCGGGACUCUCGCACGACGAGAGAGUCAGACUGAACCUCGAGGGGUACAACCUGAAGAAUCUGAGGUAUCUGCAGCACGGGGACACGAGACAGGACGAGGCCGAGGAUGCCGUCAGGUUUCAGGCCUGGAAGGCUUGCUUGGGUGUCCUCGGCAUCCCCUUCCUCGACGUGGUGCGGGUCCUCGCAGCAGUGCUGAUCCUGGGCAACGUCGGCUUCACGGACGGUCCUGGAGUCGAGGUCGGCGUGAUCGGCGAGAACGAGCUUGCCUCAGUAGCAGCACUGCUCGGCGUCACACCAUCCGCUCUUCUGCGCGGUCUCACCUCCCGAACGCACAACGCGAGAGGUCAGCUCGUCAAGUCCGUCUGCGACGCGAAUAUGUCGAACAUGACGAGGGACUCCCUGGCGAAGGCUCUUUACUGUCGCACGGUAGCGACGAUCGUCAGGAGGGCGAACAGCUUGAAAAGACUCGGCUCGACCCUCGGCACUCUGUCUUCGGAUUCUAAUGAAUCGGUUCACAAUCAAGCCGAAGUAACGAGUCAGCACGCCUCGACUAUCGGCAGCUCAGCAGGCGGAACCGGCUCGAGGAGCAUGACGGCCUUGAAUAACGCGGUGCGACACGCGACGGACGGCUUCAUCGGCAUCCUUGACAUGUUCGGUUUCGAGGACCCGAAGCCGAGCCAGCUGGAGCACCUCUGCAUCAAUCUCUGCGCCGAGACGAUGCAGCACUUUUACAACACCCACAUAUUCAAGAGCUCGAUCGAGAGCUGCAGAGACGAGGGCAUCAGGUGCGACGUCGAGGUCGAUUACGUCGACAAUGUGCCCUGCAUCGAUCUCAUAUCCUCUCUGCGCACGGGUCUCUUGAGCAUGCUGGACGUCGAGUGCUCGAUUAGGGGCACAGCCGAGAGCUACGUGUCCAAGGUCAAGGUGCAGCACAAGCAAAACCCACGACUGUUCGAGCCGCGAACCCUCGACUGUCGCUCCUUCGGAAUUCAACACUUUGCCGGCCGGGUGACCUACGACGCGUCCGACUUCCUGGACACGAAUAAGGACGUCGUACCGGAUGACCUGGUGGCGGUCUUCUACAAACACACGUGCAAUUUCGGCUUUGCCACUCACCUCUUUGGAAGCGAGCUCAAAGCUCUUUACGCCAGCGAUACGGUGCCCAGAGGUGUUAGUUUUCGCAUAUCGCCGACCUCCCACACUGACCUGCUGAACGGGGACGAGCCAAUUUCCACCUUGACUCAAGAUUUCCACACGCGACUCGACAACUUGCUAAGGACUUUGGUGCACGCGAGACCGCAUUUCGUCAGGUGCGUGAGAAGCAACGCGUCCGAGACGCCCAUGCAGUUCGAUCGUAACGUUGCCAUGCGCCAAAUACGAUCGCUUCAAGUUUUGGAAACCGUCAAUCUCAUGGCCGGUGGUUACCCUCACAGAAUGCGUUUCAAGGCGUUCAACGCUCGCUACCGGCUGAUCGCUCCGUUCAAGCAACUGCGUCGCAGCGAAGAGCAGGCCAUCGAGGACACGAAGCUCAUCCUCCAGAACGCCCAACAAUUGAAGAGCAGCUUCAACGCGAGCACGAGCUGGGCCUUGGGCAAACGUCACAUAUUCCUCAGCGAAGGCAUCCGACAGCAGCUCGAGAACCUGCGCUCGGAGAUACGCAGAAGAGCCGCUACCGGCAUACAGGCAAGCUGGCGAGGUUGGAGAAUUCGUCGGAGAUGGACGUUACGCCGUUCGAAGCUUGGCUCGGGUCUACCGUCAGGAAGCAUCGGGCAGAAGCAGUCGCAGCAUCAGUCGACGUCGUCGGUGGUUGCGGCCGCGGCUGCUGCUGCUGCUGCUGCUGCUGCUGCAGCCGGCAGUGGAACGUUGCAGAGGAACAUCGCAGCCACCGCUGCCGGAAGUGGUACCGGGGUCAGGCCGCGACCGCAGCCGAUUGCUGGUACACCGCCGCCCGACCCAUCCGAGAAGUGCGCCGAUCCCAAGAUGAUACAGCAGACCUGCACGCUCUUCGGCCUCGACCUCGAACGCCCACCCCCAGUGCCGCCCAGUAGAUCGUACACGGUGACCGGGAACACGAAACUCGGAUAUCCGCAAACGAGGGUCAUGAAAACACCCUUUCCAGAAGAAGGAGAGGGAGAAGUCGUCUUGCUGAAGGGAGAGACAGUCCUGGUGAUCGGAGCGUCACCGAGACGCGGCCAUCUACUCGUCGAGCACAACAACACUACUCUACAUGUGCCUUAUCAAUUCAUGGAAUUGAAACCGUGUAAUAUUAACGUCUGACUUUCUUCCAUUAUUUAAUUUAUCUUGUUUUGGUUUUAUUACACUUCGCGCGUCGAAGUUAAUUUCCACCUGUGGAAAAACUAUCGUUUUCGAAACACACAUGGUUUCCGGUUUUGUAAUUAAAUGAUCGCGCGUUCUGUUACACGCGUGCUUUGCGAAGAAUUGAGUUGUCAAAGGGUGAAAUUAAAUUCGACGCUGAAAUAACUGUCCAAUCAACGACUAAACGAUCGAUUUCAAUGCCAAAAAUGUCUUUGUGACCUGCGAGACUUUGAAACAAAAAAAAAACAAUAAUUAUAUAUUCAUCGCCGAGUCAUUUGUGACGUUGUCAUCGAUAAUCGAGUAUUAUAUACUUGUUUCCGGUGUAUACUCACUACCGAUACAUUGCCAUAAGAUUAUAUCUAGAAUUACAGAGUUAUAAUAAUAUCCUAUAAAGAUUGCCUACAAAGUAUAAAUUAUAUCUAAGGGGGAACAACUCGAAAAAUAAGAUAAAUACCUUGUAUCCUGUCUUCCAUUUAGAUGUGUAGGUUAAGGAGAUUUAUUAUAUAUUAAAACUACACAUAUGGAAUCUCAAUACUCGUCGAAUCCAACGAGUAGUAGGAAAUGAGCUUAUUCAUAGUUGCGUAUGUAAACUAUUUCUGUAAAGAUAUAUCAUCAUUAUCUAUAAGUUCUCUUCAUGCACUGAUGACUUAUAUGUUUUCAUAGAGAAAUAUAUCUGAAAAAAAAUAACGACACGCAUAUGUGCUCUAUAUAAAAGGGGAAGUUAUACAGUAAUGGAUAUUGCGAAAGAAUCAGAAUAAAACCAUGUACUCGAAUGGAAAUCGAGUGGUAUUAGCAACGAAACUUAAAUUUAAGAGACUUACCUAAGGUCAUCGCUACCUGAAAGGUAUUAAAACAUCAGUAUUUUCACGAACGUUUGUCAUUGAAUUCUUAGUGCCAAUUAAUUAGAGAGGAGUCGCACGAAUUAAAAUGUAGCACGACAAAGGAAAACAAAAUAAUAAAUGUUAUAUAACUUCUUUCUUUUCCCACACACACACACACACACACACACACACACACACACACACUUUACGUUUACUCGUCUGUAAGAAAAUUUUCCUGCGCCUCUGUUACAUACUCCGAGCUGAUCGUAUACUCGGUCUGCUUUGGCGGACGCAAAUAUAUGAACGAUAUUUUUGGGAGGAAAAGUAAUCUCUGCUAUACCAUACGUAGUAGUAGGCUCUCAAGCGUUUUUAGAGGGUAAGAGAGUUGAGCAGCGUUGGCUCUUACGACGAUACUGUAUAAUCUGGAGAUCAGACAAUGCGGUGACGGUAUAUACUCGCUGAAGAUAUACAUGCGCGCUCGUAUACACACAUCGAAGGAAAUAUAAGCGCGCGCGAGCGCAAGAGUUUUAUUCAUAAUUAAUCGGCUAGAUCCGCAGGAGGGAUUAGCCGAACGACUUUGUACAUAAUCUCAUACUCUGAUCGUACUUAAGUAUACUCUCGAGGUAAUACUGAAUGUAAAGCCUCAUUUCUCUCUCUCUCUCUCUCUCUCUCUCUCUCUCUCUCUCUCUCUCUCAACUGUGUAUGGC